AUGCGUGAGUCAGACAACUUAAGGAUCAUCUCGUACAACGUGUGCAGACCCGCAACUACACUCUCGCGAAUUUCCUUCUUUAAGUUGCCCGGCUUUACUAAUUCUGCUUUGGCUCUUUUUGAAAAAUGUAAGAAUGCACAGCAUUUAGGUACAAACCUAAAACAGGAUCUCGAAAACCUCCAUCCUCAUCUUGACUCCGAUGUAAACAAAGCCUUUCAAAGCUAUAAAAAUUAUCAUGGAAGGAAUUAUAAGGACAAAGAAUCUGAAGUAAGGAAAUUAAUUUUUGAAGAUAAUUGGAGACGCAUCGUACAUCACAAUCGCAAAAACCUGGGCUAUAAAUUAGAAGUUAACAAGUUUGCUGAUCGUUUCGACGAGGAACUGGUACACACUUCCGGAACAUGGCCCUCCGACCCUAGCGAUCUUGGUACUGAGCUGUUCCCUUUCUCCGAAGAAGAACUAAAAGCUAUGGAAGAAGAACUACCAAACAAUUAUGAUAUAAGGCAAGAUGGUGUAAUAUCGUCUAUCAAAAGUAAGUUUGUCGUAUUGUGUCGAACUAUGAAUCCAACACCCAUUUUCCGCCCAUGA